CAAAGACAAAGGAGAUUCUUUUCCGAAAUAUGGACCUUAAUUAAUCAGCAUCCCUGAGAUUUAACAUAUAAUUAAAUGUCGUUGGCCACAUUGCUACGAAAUUUUGCCCCCCAAUCUCUCCCCUAAUCUUAUGGAGAAGCUAACGAGACAUUUCUAAGCUGAGUACAACCCAACCCCUAGAAAAUUCCAUACAUUUUUGGGAACACCAAUCAGCAGUCGGCUACAUACGAAUUAGUUUUGGGGAGGAAAACUGGUGGAAAGAGCAAACACAACAGUGGAUCCUAACCUCUAAAUGACAAUACAAGAUAUCACAUGCGAACUUGAACGUUUGUUGACAUUUUGAAUGCAAAACAACUACCAAGAGGAUGAGUCACGUGGUGGUAAUAAGGGGCUACAAGCCUGGAGAUGAAUUACACUGUCGUGAUAUGAUAAAAGACGUUAUUAUGGCAUCCUUCACGACUGCUUUCAUCGCCAAUUUGUUGAAGGAAGCAACAUUUCAAUUGAUGCUUCUUUGUGCUGCUAUCAUGUUCAUAUUUUUUGGACUACCUUUGUCCGUUUGUUUACUCGUCAUACCAAUUGUUGUAGUUAUCAUUUAUGCUGGAACUUAUCUUGGCUUUGUUAUGAUUGCCGCCGAGGCUAAUCAAGAGAUAACCAACGUGCCCAGAAUGUACAUGUCCAAUGCAUUUUCCUGCUUCUGGGUAGCAGAAGCUUUUCAACCGCAUCUGAUGAUGAGGUCCCCGAAAGACUACCAUUACACAGUGAUGACUGAGAAACAAUUUCGCGAGGGAAACGUCGAUGUAUCCUCGCUGGCGAGAAAAAUAGUGGGCACAGUGGGGCUCUUAAAGAGCUACAAGGUCCAUAAAGGGGCCUGGAUAAAGCGUCUGUACGUCGAGGAAAAAUAUCGGAGAAAAGGAAUUGGGACUUUGCUGCUGAGCACUGCUCUGCAUUUUGCUAUUAACGAGGGCUACAGCUGUGCAGACCUUCUGGUGUCUGAGUACGCCGAGGGAGGACGAGAGCUUUGCUCCAAGAGUGGCUUCGACCUGAAGCAGAUGUACCACAGACAGGUCGUUGGGCCGAUGGUCAAUUAUCUGCUGUAUGAGCUGACGUAUCAGAUUAAAGACGAAAACGAUUACUGCAGUCGAGGGGAUACGAAGAGUAUGUUGAAGAUGCUGUAAUGGUGCUCCACGAUUUCUUUGAAAAACUGAUAUCUUUGAGGUAUUCUAUUCAAUUUUGGGUUUAGCCAAGUUCUAUCAAAAAGUAUGCAAUCAUUUCAUGUUUGUUGUUAAUGGAUAUUAUUUUUUUUAAAGUUAGACAUUGAUAAAUUCAAGAUGAUUGAGGGAGAAAAAAUGAAAACUGAAAAUGGUUUUCAAUCUCCUGGAAUUUUCAUUAAGGAAUUUUAAAAGGUUUAUGAAGGAUGAAAGAAGAAUAAUUAAAUUCAUAAGUUGAUAAUUAGUAAUAAUUAUCAAUGAUUCAAUGAAAAAAUAUCGCUAAGCAUAAUUUUUAAUAGAAUUACCAUGAAAAUUUGAAUUUCUUUUUAAUGACUGCGAGUUAUUAAUCCCGAGACGAACAAAUAUGUUUUUUUCUCAAUUGUAAUUGAACGAACUGAUGGAAAGAGCUGAAAAGUCGGAGUGAAAGAAAAUUUGAAUCUGUUUCAUCAGAUUUUUAUAUUGAACAAAAAAAAUUUAUUGCAUCAUCACAAUUAUUCAAAUCAUUUUAAUGAGGUGAAGAUUCAGUAUUAAAGUUUAAAAAUUCACUUUAUUUCUAUUUUACAUGAUAAAUGAAUAACUUUUAUACGAAAUAUAUAUUUUUUACAUUCCUAGA